AUGCCCCCCACCGCUCCCCAGACAGAAAGACUCCGGCUUCUUUCUUCUGCUUCGGAAAGACCACGAGAGGGUCGAGCCACUGCUGCAACUUACCGCAUUCACACCGAGGACCAGGACAAAGUGGUGGCUAACCUCAUGGACGCGCUGGACACAAGGCCUACCCCCGCCUUUCCCCCCGCCCUCACCCGCAUCCCCCCCGCCCUCACCCCCCUCCCCCCGCCCUCCACGGCCGCCUCCCCCCGCCCUCGACCACCCACCCGCCUCCCCCCACCCUCACACCCACCCCUGCCGCCUCCCCCCGCGCCCCGACCCGCCUCCCCACGCUCACCCGCCUCCCCACCCUCACCCGCCUCCCCCCGCCCUCAACACGCCUCCACCCCCCCCCCAGCCCGCGAAACGCUGACGUAG